AUGGUCAGCAGGCUUCCGCUGGAUUCCCACGCGCAGCACCCAGCCAGCCUCUCGCAGCGCAUGGGCUCCCGCAGUGCCAGGGUUCCUGCCACCACCCACUUCUGCACGCAGGAGGGCCUUUUUGCUAGAGAGGUCCGUCGAAAAUUCCUGCUCGAGUCUUCGCCGCAGCAUCUUUUCUGCAAAGGGGAUGCUAAAGGAAAGCGGUGA